UGAGCACUCGCUCGGGAGCGUGGCUCACUAGACGAUCUUUGUGCCGUCGUGUGCGUCGGGGACAGCGGAGAACGCAGUAACCGGAGAACCGCAGCGGCAGGAUGGGGAAGAAACAGAAGAAAUCCGGGGAGGACAGAGACAUUGAGGCUCUCGCUGCUGAGAUCGAAGGAGCCGGAUCAAAGGAGGCGAAAGGCAAGAAGAAGAAGAAAGGAGCCAAGAAAGAAGACUACGAUGAGGACGACAUCCUGAAGGAGCUGGAGGAGUUGUCUCUGGAGACGCAGGGAGGAAAGACAAAGAAACCUGACACCACAGAAGAAGAGGAGAGUGUGGAGGCUCCUAAACCAGAGAAGAAGAAAACCAGGAAGGGGAAGAAGGGUGGAGCCAGCCAUGAGGAGGAGGAGGAGGAGCAGGAGCAGGACGAGGAGGAGCAGAAGGAGCAGAGGGUGCCUCCUCCUGCUGCGCCUCCUUCCGACUCAGACGACAGCGGCUCACGCGUCAAGACCAAAGGAGCAAAGAAAGGAGGCGAUGAGGAGGAGGAGCAGGAGGAGGACAGAGGCGUGAGGAAAGGAGGAGGACGGAAGGAGGAGGAGGACGACGACGAUGAGGAGCAGGAGGAGGAGGAGGAGUUCACCUCCAGGAGAGACAAGAAGAAGAAGAACAAAGGGAAGAAGGCGGAGAGCGAGGAGGAGGAGGUGGAGGAUGAGGAGGAGGUGGGAGGAGGCUUCAAGAUGAAGACGGCGGCUCAGAAGAAGGCGGAGAAGAAGGAGAGGGAGCGGAAGAAGAAGGAGGAGGAGCGGCUGAAGAAGAAGAAGGAGGUGAAGGUGAAGGAGGAGAAGGAGAAGGAGGGCAGCGUGGAGCCCAAGAAGGAGCCAGAGGCCACGCCCCCUCAGCCAGAGGAGCAGGAAGGGGCGGAGCCAGGAGCAGAAGAGGAGACGGAGGGUGACAAGAAGAAGAAGGAGAAGAAGAAGAAGAAGGCUCCUGGGGAGAAGGAGGAGAAGAAGAAGGGGCCCAGUAAGGCCACGGUGAAGGCCAUGCAGGAGGCCCUGGCCAGGAUGAAGGAGGAGGAGGAGCGAGCGAAACGGGAGGAGGAGGAGCGUCAGAGGAGGCUGGAGGAGCUGGAGCAGCAGAGGCUGGAGCAGGAGCGUCUGGAGCAGGAGCGUAAGGAGAAGAGGAAGCAGAAGGAGAAGGAGCGGAAGGAGCGUCUGAAGAAGGAGGGGAAGCUCCUCACUAAGGCUCAGAGAGAAGCCAGAGCUCGAGCUGAGGCCACACUCAAGAUGCUGCAGGCGCAGGGUGUGGAGGUCCCGUCCAAAGAGUCGGUCCAGAAGAAGAAGCCGAUCUACGGAGACAAGAGGAGGAAGAAGCCCAACGCCCCCACUCCUGAAGAAACCUCGGAGGUGACGUCACCGGCCUCAGAGACGCCAGAGCCCGUCGCCAUGGAGACGGAGGUGGAGACGCCAGCCGCUGCGCCAGAGGUGAAGCCGGAGGAGGUGGAGAGCUGGGAGGCCAUCGCCAGCGACGAGGAGAAAGAGCUGAAGAAGGUCCACAUCGAGGUGAAGGAGGAGCCCGGCGCGCCUCCUCGGCACAGCGACGAGGACGAGGAGGAGGACGACGAGGAUGAAGACGAGGAGGACGAUGAAGACGAGGAGGAGGAGGAGGAGAGCGAGGAGGACGAGAAGGAGUCGGCGCCUCCUCCUCCGGCGCCCUCUCAGGGGAGGAGGCGAGCGCAGAGCGAGGAGGAGAGCAGCGAGAGCGAGGAGGACGACGGCAGGACGAAGGAGGAGCGUCUGUACGACCGCGCCAAGAGGAGGAUCGAGAAACGACGGGCGGAGAACCUGAAGAACGUGGACGUGGACACGUUGAGAGCUCCAGUCGUCUGUGUCCUGGGACACGUGGACACGGGGAAGACCAAGAUCCUGGACAAGCUCAGACACACCCAUGUGCAGGACGGGGAGGCCGGAGGCAUCACUCAACAGAUCGGAGCCACGAACGUCCCCAAGGAGACGAUAGAGGAGCAGACGAAGAUGGUGAAAAACUUCGACAAAGAAAACAUCAGGAUCCCGGGGAUGUUGAUCAUAGACACUCCUGGACACGAGUCCUUCAGUAACCUGAGGAACAGGGGCAGUUCUCUGUGUGACAUCGCCGUCCUGGUGGUGGACAUCAUGCACGGUUUGGAGCCUCAGACUCUGGAGUCCAUCAGUCUCCUCAAGGAGAAGAAGUGUCCCUUCAUCGUGGCCCUGAACAAGAUCGACCGUCUCUACGACUGGAAGAAGAGUCCAGAGUCUGACGUCGUAGCGACGCUGAAGAAGCAGAAGAAAAACACCAAAGACGAGUUUGACGAGAGAGUGAAGGCUCUGAUCGUAGAGUUCGCCCAGCAGGUCCUCAAUACGCGAGCCUUUUCUAUGAGAUACACACCGCGUACGUUCGUGUCUGUUCCGACCUCGGCUCACAGUGGCGACGGGAUGGGGAACCUCAUCGCGCUGCUGGUGGAGCUCACUCAGACCAUGUUAGCUCGCCGGCUAGCGCACUGCGACGAGCUACGAGCCCAGGUCAUGGAGGUGAAAGCUCUUCCUGGGAUGGGAACCACCAUCGACGUGAUCCUGAUCAACGGGCGUCUGAGAGAAGGAGAAACCAUCAUCGUGGCCGGAGUGGAAGGACCCAUCGUCACUCAGAUCAGAGGGUUACUCCUCCCUCCUCCUCUGAAGGAGCUCAGAGUCAAGAACCAGUACGAGAAGCACAAGGAGGUGUCCACGUCGCAGGGAGUCAAGAUCCUGGGCAAAGACCUGGAGAAGGCGCUGGCGGGGCUCCCCCUGCUGGUGGCGCACAAGGACGACGAGGUCGCCGUGCUCAGGGAUGAGCUGGUGCGUGAACUCAAACAGACCCUGAGCUGCAUCAAGCUGGAGGAGAAGGGAGUUUACGUCCAGGCGUCCACGCUGGGAUCCCUGGAGGCGCUGCUGGAGUUCCUCCGCACGUCCAAAGUCCCCUACGCCGGCAUCAACAUCGGCCCCGUUCACAAGAGGGACGUGAUGAAGGCGUCGGCCAUGUUGGAGCACGACCCUCAGUACGCCGUGAUCCUGGCCUUCGACGUGAAGGUGGAGCGGGAGAGCCAGGAAAUGGCCGACAGCCUGGGGGUCCGCAUCUUCUCCGCCGAGAUCAUCUACCACCUCUUCGACGCUUUCACUAAAUACAGGGAGGACUACAAGAAGGCCAAGCAAGACGAGUUCAAGCACAUCGCUGUGUUCCCGGCGAAGCUCCGAGUUCUUCCUCAGUUCAUCUUCAACUCCAGAGACCCCAUCGUGAUGGGGGUCACGGUGGAGGCCGGCGUGGUGAGGCAGGGGACGCCGCUCUGCGUCCCGAGCAAAGGGUUCGUGGACAUCGGCGUCGUCACCAGCAUCGAGGUGAACCACAAGUCGGUGGAAAGCGCCAAGAAGGGGCAGGAGAUCUGCGUCAAGAUCGAGCCCAUCCCCGGGGAGGCGCCCAAAAUGUACGGCCGCCAUUUUGAAGCCACCGACAUCAUCGUCAGCAAGAUCACCAGGGCGUCCAUCGACGCUCUGAAGAACUGGUUCAGGGACGAGAUGCAGAAGUCGGACUGGCAGCUGAUCAUGGAGCUGAAGAAGACGUUCGAGAUCAUCUGAGGGACACAAGCAAACUCCUCCUCCUUCAUCAUCGUCAUCAUCAGCGAGCGGCGGCGGCGGAGGAACAAAAUCAAAGCGAAUCAGAGAAAAGACGUUUUUCUGUGAGAAACCAAGCGAUUUUUCCACUGUGGUUAACAGUGAUAGUUUAGACUCAUUUCACACUCAGUAUUCCAACGUGCCUGUUUCAGCAUCAGCGUCGUGUUAUUAGCAGUUCUUCUUCUUCUUCUACUACUUCCUCCUCCUCCUCCUCCUCCUCCUCUUCUUCUUCUCUGCUCUGAUUUGUGGCUGCUGCUGCUUCCUAUCCCAGGCUCCGCCCCCUUCCUCCUCAGACUGAGGCUGACGAGCUUAACGAGGGCACACGAGCUUAACGAGGGCACACGAGCCAGCGUUUGUUCACCCCCACAGGUGCAUUAUGGGACAUCGUGUUCAACAGCAACAAGGAAACAGUGGUUUUUGUUUUUGCUGUUGGUGCUUUUUGUUUUUUUGUUUUAUUUUCUCACGGAGCAGCAGCCUCGACUUUACAGACUUUAAAGGAGGAGUUGACUGAGGCCAUGUUGGAUCUGAUGGGUGGGUGGGGGGGGCUGGGGGGGGCAGUGGAUAUUUUAAAUUGUAUUUGCUGCAAAUGAUGUAAUAAAUUCUGAUGAAACUGCUGACAAUCUUCUGACCACAUCUCUCAGUUUAGACGGUUUUAUUAGCUCCGUUGUUUCUCUUGCAAACUAAAAAAAACUAUUUAUAUGCAAUAUUUAAUGUUCCUUUCUGAAAAUAUGAUGUACUUAAUUUAAUUAAUGAUGGAUUUAAACCACCAAUUUAAAUAUGUGUUUAGUUUUCACAUAGCGAAUAAUAAUAAUAAUAUUCAGCUUCUUUAUAUUCUACGUAAAACGUUUUAAUGGAUGAACAGAUUUAAACUGAAAUAAAAGAUGAUCUGCAUUUUUAUUUGGAACAAAACCACUAAAAACAUGACGCAAACCUGAUGUUCCUGAAGAGGCCGCCGCCAUCUUGUUUUAAUAUUUUAUCAACACGGUGUUGCCCCGCCCACUUUAUACCUCAAUAAAGUAGGCGGGGCAUAAACUGUCACCUGGUGCUUUGACUGGUCAGAUGGUUGUUAGAAUCUGGGACAAUAACAGACAAAAGCUAAUAUUGAUAAAAUGGGAGGAGUUUUCACCUAAAAGUGGGCGGAGACAUUGUAUUAAGGCUCCGCCUCCUUCCAGGUGAAAACUCCUCCCAUCACUGAGGAGAAACGUUCCACAUUCUUCUUCAUUUGAGUUUUAUUCACAGUCUGGUUCAAACUUUAUUUUACAGGAUAUUUGAAAAAGAAACGACAAAAACAAUGAAUCUGUAAAUUAUU